UAGUUAGGGGCCAUUCCGCUUUGGUCAAGUCGGGAGCAAGUAAAGUUACGUGUUUCUCGCGUGAUAUUCUGUCGUAAUUUCUGUUUUUUUUUAAACAGUAGCCGAACACAUUGGUGCCAGGAUGUUCAACAGAAUGACAAGCUUGUGGAUGGGUGAUCUGGACCCAUACAUGGAUGAGAACUUCAUCAAGCAAGCUUUUAGUACAAUGGGGGAGAAUGCUUUGGGUGUUAAAAUAAUUUCUCACAGAGUAACUGGUGGCUCUGCUGGAUACUGUUUUGUGGAAAUGGCAGAUGAGGCCAGUGUGGACCGAUGUGUUCUUAGGCUCAACGGGAAGUUAGUCCCAGGAUCAAAUCCACCUAGAAAGUUUAAGUUAAACUAUGCUACAUAUGGGAAGAGACCAGAGGCAAGCCCAGAGUAUUCAGUUUUCGUUGGUGAUCUGACUUCCGAAGUGGAUGACUUCCAGCUCCAUCAGUUCUUCAUGAAGAAGUACCCUUCGUGCAAAGGGGGCAAAGUGGUCACAGAUGCCUACGGAAACUCAAGAGGUUAUGGCUUUGUCAAGUUCACUGAUGAAAAUGAACAGAAGAAAGCACUGGAGGAAUUUCAGAAUGCCACAGGGCUUGGGGGGAAACCCAUCCGGAUUAGCAUCGCUGUUAACAAGAGCAACAAGAUGAAUAAUUACCAUCAAAACCAGAACUACAAUUACAGCUACAACUACAGUAACUACAAUAACUACAACAACUUCCAGCAGCCAUACUACCAGCAGCCCUACCAGAGCUACUAUCCCCAGUGGGGCUAUGACCAGUACAACAGCAGUUACAACUAUGGUUAUGGGUCAUAUGGCACCCCCCCUCCUUGCCCAGGGAUGAUGGGUCCUCCACCCCAGAUGAGCAUGCCUCCCAUGCCUCCUAUGACAACUGAAAUGAACUCUUCCACUGAGGAAAUGCAAGGUUCUACUGAAGAUGCUGGUGAAGAGGCAGUUGAAGACCCGAACCCACUGCUGGACGUGGACACGCUGAACAAGCAGUACAUGGAGCGAAGCGAAGAGCUCUAUGACUCACUGAUGGACUGUCAUUGGCAGCCGCUGGACAGCGUCACCUCCGACAUCCCUUUAGCCAACUGCUGAGCAGGACUGCUCUCGUGCUCUGUACAGAACCUGUGUGUGUGUGUGUGUGUGUGUGUGUGUGUGUGUGUGUGUGUGUGCGCGCGCGCAGCCAUUUGAAACUUUUGUGAACAACAUGUUUAAGCAUCCAGUUUUAUACCAGCGUUUUGAAAUGGUCAGGAAUACUUUAGGUAUUUGUGCUGUGACACCACCAGUGGUGGUUCUUCUUGGUCCAGUUCCCUCUUCCUCGUGGUGAAGCCUUGUCUGUUUUUCCCUCAGCUCUCUGUGGAUUCACUGCACCACAGAAACACUGAUGCACAAAGGUGCAGAAGACAGACAUGAAAAUACAUGGAUGUCUUUGUUCUACACAGUUGUGUUAUACAUAGUUCCAACUUUGGCAGUUGAACAGUGAGCCUUAUAUCACCAUGUCGACAGUGCAGUUCAGUUGCCUUUCUUGUAAUACUGAGUUACAUCGAGAAACGCUGAACUGAUCAGCGAGCGAAUUUGAGUUUUCCCCACAUGUGGAAAAAGAACCUGCUAUACACUUUCCACUGUGUGAUUUUGUUUAUCCCUGUACAGUGACAUGUAGCAUUGACAGGUUAAUUUUGUUCUUCUGUCUGCCACUGAUAAACAGGAUGUUGCAUUUCCUUAUUUUUUUGUCCUGUUUUCCACUGUGAGACAAGUCUGACAUGUUUAACCAAUAUGCAGUUCUUUUUGAAUGUAUUAUUUUUUUUUUUUGUUACACUUCAUUUUCCCCAGCUUUUGUUAUCCUCACAUAAGGAUCUCUAAUCGCAGCGUUUUCCCUGCCGUCUUUGUAACAAGUUCCAUCUCUUAUUUUCCUGCGGUAAAAUGUAGAACACUUUUUAUUAAUGUCCAGGUUAUUAAAUUGUGUUUUUUUUUU